AUGGCUGUUGAUAAGGGUAUGAAGGGCAUGACCAUCAAACCCCUGGUGGAGCUGCUGGCAGUGAAGAAAAAACAAGAGGCCAAGCGCUCGAUUAAUGAAGAGAUCCACACCCAGUUCCUUGACCACUUACUGACAGGGAUUAUCUGUGGACACUACGGACAUCACCACUGGAAGGACAAACUAAAUCGUUUCAACAAGAAGUAUGUAAAGAAGUGGCUGAUUGCUGGUGAACGCUCCAAGGAGCCGCAGCUCAUUGCCUUCUACCACAAGAUGGAGAUGAAACAGGCCAUUCAGCUGGUUGACAGUGGAGGGGGACUCAAGCUGUCUGCUACACCUUCCACUGUUUCCAUGCAGAACAUACAGCUCAGGAAGCCGGCUCCUGCCAAGCCUGCAGAGAGAGCUCUUCCACAGCUGCCUAAAAACAGAGAGGAGGAGAUCCGGAAAAUCCUCAGGACCAAUCUUCAGAGGACACGACAGAGGAUUAAAGAGAUGAAUAAGUACCUGACGGUCCCCGCUCCUCCUCCAGACUCGCCCACCAUGUGUAGAGCCAGACUGGCAUCAGACCCCCAAGCCUACAAUGUGAAGCCUGUGUCAGACAAGGUGCCCGUGAUCCAGGUAGACCUGGCCUCUCCUCAGUCUCCAGACUCUGUUAACCUGUUGGAUGAGUCUGGAGACUGA